GCCGUACCCAUUUCGAUCAUUGCUUGAGCUGUUGUUGUAGCGAAGUGUACCACAGUUGUUAGUUCUUAUUCCUGUGUUCAAUCUCUUAACAAAAAUACAAAAUGGCAGAUGAAGACGUUGCUGCUUUGGUUGUAGACAAUGGAUCUGGUAUGUGCAAGGCUGGUUUCGCUGGAGACGAUGCUCCACGAGCAGUUUUCCCUUCCAUCGUUGGCCGACCUCGCCAUCAGGGUGUGAUGGUUGGUAUGGGUCAGAAAGAUUCAUAUGUAGGAGACGAGGCACAGAGUAAAAGAGGUAUUCUUACCCUUAAAUACCCCAUCGAACACGGAAUCGUCACAAACUGGGAUGACAUGGAAAAGAUCUGGCAUCAUACUUUCUAUAAUGAACUUCGAGUUGCUCCUGAGGAACAUCCCGUUCUAUUAACCGAAGCUCCACUUAAUCCAAAGGCCAACAGAGAAAAGAUGACACAGAUUAUGUUCGAGACCUUCAACAGCCCUGCCAUGUACGUAGCUAUCCAGGCUGUCUUGUCCCUGUAUGCCUCUGGUCGUACCACUGGUAUUGUCUUUGACAGUGGAGAUGGUGUCUCUCACACAGUACCCAUCUACGAGGGUUAUGCUCUUCCUCACGCUAUCCUUCGUCUUGACUUGGCUGGACGUGACUUGACUGACUACUUGAUGAAGAUCCUGACAGAACGUGGUUACUCUUUCACCACCACAGCUGAACGUGAAAUUGUACGUGACAUCAAGGAGAAGCUCUGCUAUGUUGCUCUUGACUUUGAACAAGAAAUGCAAACAGCUGCAGCUAGCUCAAGUCUCGAAAAGAGCUACGAGCUCCCUGAUGGACAGGUCAUCACCAUUGGCAACGAGCGAUUCCGAUGCCCAGAGGCCAUGUUCCAGCCUUCAUUCUUGGGAAUGGAAUCUGCUGGUAUCCACGAAACAUGCUACAAUUCGAUUAUGAAGUGUGAUGUCGAUAUCCGUAAGGAUCUGUACGCUAACACCGUCUUGUCUGGUGGCUCCACCAUGUACCCAGGUAUUGCUGACAGAAUGCAGAAAGAAAUUGCCAACCUUGCACCCCCAACCAUGAAGAUCAAGAUCAUCGCUCCACCAGAGAGGAAAUACUCUGUCUGGAUUGGAGGCUCCAUCCUCGCUUCUCUGUCCACCUUCCAACAGAUGUGGAUCUCCAAGCAAGAAUACGAUGAAUCUGGCCCAUCCAUUGUCCACAGGAAAUGCUUCUAAAUUCGAACACUUAAAACCCUUGAAAACUCUUCUUGCAUUUGUUAUUCCGUUAAAAUUUCUAAUCCUUAACCCUCAAGCUACCAGGACUAAAGAGAACGACUGGAGAACAUAUUGUAGUACUUCGCGAGCAAUUUACGGCAAACCCGGUACAUGUAGUAAUUCUGUUGUAAUCAACUAGUAGCGAGUAUAUUUUGAUAAUGUGAUCUGUGCUUUUGAUAUUAGAAAGUAAUAUUUCCCUUAUAAAAAGUUGUUUUAUAUUGAAAAAAAUCGUUAUCGAAACAAUAAAACGAUUACUUUU